AUGACAACCAACCGGAUUUUACUAUGCGUAACGCUGCUAACCGUGUCGUUUGUGAACCAACAUAAGCUCCUGGAGGCUUAUGCAGUUGAAGGCGCGACUAUUACAGGGCCCAUCGGGCGUAAUCUUUCCAACACCAUCCAACAUGAGAAUACUGCAGAUCAACCGGUAAAGUACAACGGAGCUCAGUUGUGGCGCAUCGCCUACGACAUUCAGCUUAACAAAAAUGCGGUUUCAGAGUUACAGGAUAGAUUCAAGGCCUCCCGGUGGAGUACCAACACAACAUCCGUCGAUAUAUUCAUGGCGCACCGAAUGAUAAAACCAGCUGAGUGUUUCUUGCGCUCCAAAAACGUGUCUUAUGAAGUGGUAAUUGAAGAUCUACAACGGGCUAUCGAUGCAGAAAAUCCAUCUUUGGUCGAGACAGAACUUUGGGAGAAUCGAAAUGGUCACCGCAUGACGUGGACUGCUUACCAUCGACUGCAGGACAUAUAUGACUGGAUGGACUAUCUGGCGAAAACGUACCCGGACAUAUGUAGCACCAAGAGUAUAGGUAAAACGGUACACGGAAGGGAACUGAGAGUCAUCAGAAUUUCGAAUGGAAAUCAAACCAACAGUGCCAUCUGGAUCGACGGUGGUAUACACGCACGUGAAUGGAUUAGUCCUGCAACGGUGACCUACAUCGCAAACAAUUUGGUUGAGGACUGGGAAAAUCACCCCGAUUACAUUAAAAACAUCGACUGGUACAUACUCCCGGUGCACAAUCCUGAUGGUUACGAGUACACGCAUCAGUACGACCGUCUCUGGCGUAAGAACCGCGGCGGAUUGCAGUACGGACCAUGCGCCGGUGUUGAUCUUAAUCGAAAUUAUGGUUACAAAUGGGGUGGACAGGGCACAUCGAAACAGCCAUGCUCGGAGAUCUUCGCCGGUUCUGGUCCUUUUUCGGAACCGGAAACCAAAGCUGUCAGUCAGUUCAUGGAACAGUCAACCGCUAACUGGAAAGGGUUUUUGACAUUUCACAGCUACGGACAGUACAUACUUUAUCCGUGGGGAUACGAGCAGGUUGUGCCACCAGACCAUGCGGAUCUAAAGCGCGUCGGAGAUGCCGCAGCAGAGAAAAUUCAACGAUCCAGUGGUAUGCGCUACACGGUGGGACCAUCCGGCAGUACGCUCUAUCCUGCCGCUGGUGGUUCAGAUGACUGGGCCCGCGGCGCAUUACGCAUAAAGUACGCUUACACGGUGGAACUGCGAGACACUGGCCGUUAUGGGUUUGUGCUUCCAGCACGCCAAAUUCAACCUACUAGUGAGGAAGCAGUAAUGUUUGUCGAUAUAAUUGCACAAGAAGUUGUUAAGCUUGAGGCGUAAUGUGUAUUCAUAAACUAAUAAGGUUUCCGACAGAAGCCACAAACAUUGUGUGUGGCAAGGUACUGGACUAAACCUAUCGUAAAAGGUACUAUAUAAGACAAAAAAAGAGCAAACACAAAAUUUCGUUCGCAUCCCGACUAAUUUUACAUAACCGUCUUUAGAUGAAAGUUUUACUCAACAACAAAACGAAUUGUAUGUGGUUGAAGCAAAAUACACUUACAUCAAUCCGGUC